UGCGGAGGUGUGUCUCCGGCCCCGAAUAGACCGCCUUGCAUUUUAGCGGGAAAAUCCCUCGAUUCGGAUAUCGUACCCUUUUGAGAGCCUCUCUCUCUUCCCCCUUUCGGUGUCUUUGGAGUUGAAUUUCGAAGAUGGAAGGCGGUGAAAGCGCGGCGAUCUUCGAGUCGCUGAGUCUAAACCCCCAGCUUUUCAUCAACGAAGUCUUUAAUUCCGUCGACGAUUUGGUUGAUGGUGCUUUCGACUACUUUAAUCAAGAGGCCUCCACGGUGUUGAAAAUCGAGGGCACGGACAGGUCCGGAGAUCUAAAGAAAGGCGUUGCUUACCUUCGCAACAUGGUUCAGUCCGUCCUGGACAAGCGACUGGGCAUGUGGGAGAAGUAUACUUUACGGCACUGUUUUGUUGUCCCAGAGGGAUUUUCAUUACCAAAAGCUGAUGAUUCGGCUGGUGAAAGUUCAAUGGAUCUAGAUUUUCUCAGUGAUCAAGAGCUCGAUGCUCAGUUGGAUUCUUUGAGGUAUAAGCUUGCUCAGGUUGGAAAGGAGACAGCUGAACUGGACGGUGAGCUCUACACACUGGAAAGGCAGAUCUCUUUAAACAGUGAUCUUGCUGGAUCUGUUAAUGGGGCAUUACAGUUAUAUGAGCAACAAUCUCAGCAUGGCAUGUUCCAAGAAUUGAUUCAAACUGCAUCAGAGCUUCGCAAGAGAAUGGAGGAACAAAGGACCAAACGGUUAGAGCAGGAGGGGCGCACUAGAGCAGAGAGGAAACACAUCUCAAACGGAGACCUUUUUAGAAUGAAUUUUGGCAACGGUCUAUCGAACGCAACACCGGAAGAACUUGAAGAGUUUAUAGCUGAUAUGAAGCAUGUAUGAACUUUUUUUGUUCUCUGCUUGCCAUGUGCCGGACAGCUGUUAAGUUGGCCACAUCAUAAACAUGCGCGUAUUUUCUUGCUAA